AGAGGGUGGGCAACGAGAAGCACCGACGCGAACUCGUCGGUUAAUGAGAGGAGAGGUGGAUCAUCUCUUCAAUACGUAGCGAGAGAUCGAUAUUCGAUGAGAACAUAGUCAGAAUUUGAUAAACGUUGAACUUCGUCAAAAUCGUUUCGCGAUCAUCUAUGUAAAACUAGGGAGACUUUCAUGGAAUAGAAAGAGACGGAAAGAGAGAGAAAGGCAAAGAAGAGCAAGCGUCUCUUAGGUGGGGGUUGUUCGGGCAAAAGAGGGAGGCUCUUUGCGAGGGAGGAAGGGAGAAGUCGCGGGUUGAGUGUGGUAAUUCGAAAAAUAAGUCUCCGCGGGCGACAAGCACACUUGACCGAAGCACACUCGAAUCGAAAGGGUCGAGGAGCACUUGGGAAUAACAAUUAAUAACGCCAGUCGGCCUACCAGCGAUCCUCUGGCUGCUCGAGAGCCCCCAGAGAUUAUGUGAACGCGGAAGACAUCUAGCAUUCGUCGGUCGAUUCUCCGCUCCGACGUGUCGGCGACGCUGGUAACGAGCGAGAGUGACAGUUGAGUGAUUGAGAAAAUUCGGUGUAUAAUCUUUCAGCUUCAAUAAAUUCGUAACAGGUGAAAAAGAACUAUAAAAAUUAAAAAAGAAAAGACAGAAGAGAGUGAAACUUGGUGACCAUUCAUAUGUCAUGUGACGCGACGAGUUUUCUCAUGUAUGCAUCAUAAUCAACAAUCGUAAUUAUGAAAAAAAAGAUUGAAAAAAUUUAAAAGAGACGAUUAGAAAGAGUGUGAGAGAAAUCAUUUUUUAGACAGUUUUUAGGCGAGUAAUUAUUGCGAGAUCCGCGAGAAAGCUCGUAGUAGCGAAAUACGGACUGAUGGAGGACGAUAAGCGCAGCGAAGCCUCGCCGAAACCUUCUCAACCGACUCCCUUCAGCAUCGCCGACAUCCUAAGCCGGAGAACCUCCUGCGCGGAUUCGAGAAGAUGCGACUUGGAGAAAAUCCAGGCCGUGGUUUCCGCGCCGAUGAGACGACACAAUCGGGAUUACGAGCGCGUAGCAGAGAACGAGCAGCUCGACGGAAAUUACGAUCAUGAUCAGGGGAUUCAUUAUCCGAGAUUGCCCACCCCGGAGCUGAGUAUGGCGCACGAGCUGGAUAUCCUGAGAAGAAAUCUGGCGGAAGCAAACUUAUCGAAUUUUGGAAAUAUCCCCCACUUAACCCAGGGAACGUUCAAGCAUCAUCUCGAGACUCUGGAAAAUCUGACGGCGUAUCAGCCUGUUAAGGAGCCGAUGGAGACUUCUCACAGACAGCAGGACGAAGCGUUGGACAUGAGUAAAAACAAGUAUUUAGAUGAAGUGGAAGACGACGCAUACGAAACGCAAAAUUCGGGGCAAAGUUUGCAGAAUAGAAAAAAGCGCAGCAGAGCGGCAUUCUCGCACGCACAAGUCUAUGAAUUAGAAAGAAGAUUUGCCGCACAAAAAUAUUUGUCGGGUCCAGAAAGGGCGGAUUUGGCACGCGGCUUGAAAUUGACGGAGACACAAGUCAAGAUCUGGUUUCAAAAUCGACGAUACAAGACCAAGCGGCGCCAACAGCAGGAAUUAGGCGCCCUCGUUAAUUCUGGAAGCGCCAGGCGCGUGGCUGUACGCGUCCUGGUACAUCCGGACGAGCAUUUGAGGGGAUUGCCUCUUCGUGGUUCCGGACAACUUCCCGGCCAAAUGUCGAGCCCGCAAAUUCACCCCGCGAACAAAGCGCUCGGCGGUUUCCCAUAUUAUUGUCUCCCGUAUCAUCCGCUACUCUGUCCGCCCCUACACGCCACCCACGUUCAGGUACAAAGCCCGAUCGCGUCUGAUUUUCAUCCAAAUCAAAUCUCGAAAAUCAAGAACGAGAAAUGAACGAUAGAUCGCUCGUGAAAAUUUCGAGUAUCGUUUCAUAUCAUUCAAACUGAUCACUUUCGUGCAUCAUGUAAAAUACAAUCAUAUUUAUAGAAUAACGAUAUCUUAGUUAUUGCAAAAUAUCGUGAGAGAAGACUUUUAAAAUUUAUGACUAAAAAUGUGUUUAAUGACUUGAUCAUCAAAACUGAUCUAGGUAGCGCAAACGAAUUCCAAUGUUAAAUUUAUUUCGGCGAAAAGGAUAUAUAAUUAUUUAACAAAUUGUUCAUUUAAAAUCAAGAUAUAAUUUUUAUAGCUAAUAUUCAAAUUUAUCAUAUAUCUGCAAGAGAAAAAAAUACGGUAGAAUCACCUCUUAUAUGGUUUUCAUUCAUUACAUUUCACAUAUAAUAGCAUAUUUUUCUUGAAAUAAACAAAAUAGAUUUAAUGAUGAUUCUAAAAAAAAAAAAAGAAAAUAUUUUAUAACAUUAACACUUUAUAUUCACAAUUUAAAUUCUCAAUGUUAAAAAUUCAGUCAAAAAACACUGAUACAUUAGUCAAUUAAAUCAAAUCAUCAAUCAAAUUAAAUUUUUAGAUAUUUAUUUGUUAAAUUAUGAGGUUCUUCACAAAAAAGUGUAUCUUGCAUUUUUUUAUAAUAUCAUAUCAAAGGAUAUGUUCAAAAUACGACUACACUAAAUGUUACUAACAAGUUAUGAUAUUUUUCAGUAGCUUAUCUAUAAAAUACGCUCUCUUCACACUUACUGUUAAGCCUUUCAAUUGUAUUUCAAUAUAUGAGCACUUCAUACAAAAAGUCGGAUUCUUAGACUCAUAAUAAUAUGCAUAAUAAUUGGAUUUAUUACUCAUCUUAGAGCUAUUUGAAAUUAUCAGAUAUUUAUUGUAAUUCAGUAAUGAUGUAAAUUAGCCUGUAAAUAAAUGUAUAAAAUGCGAAAUAUUGGGUCUCCUCUAUUUCCUCUGUUAUCUGGGAUAUCAAACUUUAAAUUUAAAAAACUGGGAAAACUAAAAUAUAAAGUUUUCACAAACUGCUAAUUUAAUGUUUUUUUUUUUUUUUAUUGACUUUUUGAUGUAUAUUCCUUAACUUUAAAGUUUCAUAUCUCGAAGGGAAACGGAGAUGAUAUUGUAUACAACUAUUAUAUUGCAACAUGCCAAAUGACAUCUAGUGCUUUUUACAUUAAUUGGGAAAGUAUUGGCAGACGUAUAAAUUGCGACGCAUGAUUCUUAAGUGAAAAGGGAAAAUGUGUUCUUCGAAUUACCUCUAAAACAAUGUGCAAUUACUAGCGGACUGUGUGCAAUGUAUAAAAAGUAUAAAUUAAAUAUCUAAUGCUAAUGCAAUUUGUUUAAUGUGCGUCACGAGUGUACUAUGUUCAAAUUCAAUUUAUUGUUUAAGUACACCCAGAUGAUCACGUAAAUGUCUUUAAAUAUAUGUACAUCAUCCAGAA